GCGGCAUCGGGGAGCCUCCGUGGGAUGUGAUAGCCGGCGGAUCGCACGGAAAUAUUUCUUCUGGGAAAGGAGAGAGGCAGCCUCCUCCCGCGGUCGGGGGCCGUCAAGAAAAGCGGAUUUAAAGAGCAUCUUUGCCCCUUUGUUGGAUGAGAAGGACAGGGGAGGACCGGCAGGAUGAGCACUAGCACAGUUCCCUAUCAGCAAAACCCCUACACCCCUGGGAGCAGCUCCUCCGUGAUCCAGUGCUACCGCUGUGGGGACACAUGCAAGGGCGAGGUGGUGCGUGUCCAGAGCAAUCACUUCCACAUCCGCUGCUUCACCUGCCAAGUGUGCGGCUGCGACCUGGCACAGUCGGGCUUCUUCUUUAAGAACCAGGAGUACAUCUGCACCCACGACUACCAGCAGCUCUACGGGACCCGCUGCGACAGCUGUGGGGACUUCAUCACUGGAGAGGUCAUCUCCGCCCUGGGGAGGACCUACCACCCCAAGUGCUUUGUCUGCAGCACCUGCAGGAAGCCCUUCCCCAUCGGAGACAAGGUCACAUUCAGCGGGAAGGACUGCGUCUGCCAAAACUGCUCCCACUCUCUCAUCAGCACCAAACCCAUCAAGAUCCACGGGCCGAGCCACUGUGCUGGCUGUAAGGAGGAGAUCAAGCAAGGCCAGUCCCUCCUGGCCCUGGAGAAGCAGUGGCACGUCAGCUGCUUCAAGUGCCAAACGUGUGGGAUCAUCCUCACUGGCGAGUACAUCAGCAAGGAUGGCAUCCCAUACUGUGAGUCUGACUACCAUGCCCAGUUCGGCAUCAAGUGCGAGACCUGUGACCGGUACAUCAGUGGCCGGGUCCUGGAGGCAGGAGGGAAGCACUACCACCCCACCUGUGCCAGAUGUGUCCGCUGCCACCAGAUGUUCACAGAAGGAGAGGAGAUGUACCUCACAGGCUCUGAAGUGUGGCACCCGAUCUGCAAGCAGGCGGCCAGAGCAGAGAAGAAGCUGAAGCACAGAAGGACGUCGGAAACCUCCAUCUCCCCUCCUGGUUCCAGCAUUGGCUCCCCAAACCGUGUCAUCUGUGCUAAAGUGGAUAAUGAGAUCCUUAAUUACAAAGACCUGGCAGCUCUUCCCAAGAUUAAAGCCAUCUAUGAAGUGCAGCGUCCUGACCUCAUUUCCUACGAGCCCUAUCACAGAUACACGUCGGAUGAGACACUGGAGAGAUAUAGCUAUGGGGAGUCCCUGGGGACCCUCUCCCCAUACUCGCAGGACAUCUAUGAGAGCUUUGACACGCGGCAGAGGCGAGCCUCCAGCCCUGGCUACAUCGACUCCCCCACCUACAGCCGCCAGGGCAUGUCCCCCACCAUCCCCAGGUCCCCCCACCAUUUCUACCGCUCAGGCACCGAGAGUGGGCGCAGCUCCCCCUACUAUAGCCAGUUAGAUGUGAGGUCCUCCACUCCAACCUCAUACCAAGCACCCAAGCAUUUCCACAUCCCAGCUGCCGGCGAGAGUAACAUCUACCGGAAGCCCCCCAUCUACAAGCGCCAUGACAACCCCUCUGCAGCCACAAAAAGCAAAACCAGUGAAGACAUCGCGCAGUCAUCCAAGUACAGCCCUGCCUACUCCCCGGAUCCGUACUACCACUCCGAGUCAGAGUACUGGCCCUUCCAAGGCUCGCCCAAAGCACCCCGGGCCCGGAGGUUCUCGUCAGGUGGUGAGGAGGAUGGGUACGACCGGGGCAUGCACAAGAUCCAGAGUGGCAUUGGCAGGCUGAUCCUGAGGGAGGAGAUGAAGGCUCGGUCCAACUCCUACGCAGACCCCUGGACACCCCCUCGCAGCUCGGCCAGCAGCAGAGAAGCCCUGCACACGACUGGCUAUGAGGGCUCCCUCAAUGGCUCUCCCAGAACCCACUACCUGGCUGACAGCGAUCCCCUCAUUUCUAAGUCGGCCUCCCUUCCUGCCUACAGGAGGAAUGGGCUGCACAGGCCUCCCAGCGCUGAGCUUUUCCACUACGACAGCACGAAUGCCGUCAACUGGGGGAUGCGAGAGUACAAGAUAUACCCCUAUGAGCUGCUCCUGGUGAAGACAAGGGGGAGGAACCAGCUGCCCAAAGAUGUGGACAGGACUCGGUUAGAGCGGCACCUUUCCCAGGAGGAAUUCUACCAGAUCUUCGGCAUGACCAUUGCUGAGUUCGACCGCCUGGCCCUGUGGAAGAGGAAUGAGCUGAAGAAGCAGGCCCGGCUGUUUUAAAUGCAGUGCACUAUAAAUAUAUACAUACCUAUAAAUAUAUACAUAGAGAGAUCUCUAUAUUGCAGCUCUACAUGAUUCUCGGUGCUGUAUGGGGCAGAGGUGCCCUCUGCGCCCCUGAGAGUGAAUUGGAGUCUUGCAGAUCAUUUUAUGCUCUGUGUUUCCUUUACUUUUCCAACCUUGUUUCUGUAUCAGUCUGUGGGUUCUCCCGGGACCUAAAGCCACAUGGUUCCUGAAGCAC